AUGGCUGAACAAAAGAAAAAGCAACCAGUUUUUACUAAGGUUGAGCAGCUCCGCCCAAUGGCAAAUGGGCUUAAUCUGACUGUAAAGGUUGUAAAUUCAAAGUUGAUAGUUCAGAGGGGUGCUCAGGCGCGCCAAAUGCGGCUUGCUGAAUGCUUGGUUGGUGAUGAGACUGGAAUGAUUAUCUUCACUGCUCGGAAUGAUCAAGUUGAUUUGAUGAAGGAGGGUACCACCGUUAUCCUGAGAAAUGCAAAAAUCGACAUGUUCAAGGGAUCACUGAGGCUUGCGGUGGACAAGUGGGGAAGGGUUGAAGUCACUGAACCUGCCGAUUUUUCUGUUAAAGAAGACAAUAACAUCUCUCUGAUCGAGUUUGAGCUAGUGAAUGUUGUCGAAGAGUAAAUUCCAGCAUGGGAAAGGCUCUUGUGCAAUAGAAGAGCAAAAAUGGUAGUAGCAUAUAUACUACCAUGCUGCAUCAGUAUUAAGGAAAGUAUUGGUUGUAUCCAAGCAAGCUUUCUUCUUCAGCUGAGCAUGCUGCUCGAUGGAACUUGGGUAUAUUGGUAAUCCUGUAGUUAGCCUGUAAGAACUUGCUUUUAUGAGCUUCCUUUCUGGUAACUAUUUGCUUGUGUUAUGACCAAUGUGUCAAAAUUUGGGUCUUGCUAACCUCUUACUAUAAAUUUAUUGCUUAGCCGUGUGCUUCCUUUCUUUUC